AGCGAGGCAGGUUCCACUCUCAAGUAGGAAGCAGAAGCUUUACACCGGCGGCGGCGGCGGCGGUGGCGGUAGCAGCGACGGCAGCAGCACCUUGGGACGGGCGGGUUACUGUAGAACUACAAGCUCGUGCUGUGGUCCCCUUUCUUCUUUUGUUCUGUACUCCACGUCUCUCGGUGGCCCUGCAGUCCGGGUAUCCUGAGGGCAGCAUUGCCGCCGUAGAGGAGGGAAGGGGCGCCAGAGACGAAGCUUCUCGCGCGCCACCCCCUCCCCCCUCCCCGGGGCACCGCUGCAGGGCCUGGCCGGGCCGGGAGGGCCAGGCCCCGGGCAGACGCUGAAGGGGACCCUGGAGGCGGUACCGCACCGAGGCAGGCCCCGCCGCGGCAGUGGCAGCGGGGGUAGGGGAGGGAACGCCGGCCCCGGCCCCCGCCCGGGGGAGGCGGUGCGGGAUGCCGCCGCCGCCGCCUCCUCGUCCGGGCUCGGCUUGGUCCCUGGUCCUGUGUAAGUGGCCGCGCCGGGCCCCCUCUCGCCUUACUCUCUGCCGGGGCCGGGCGUGAGAGCACGGCCUCCUCUUCCCAGUCUUCGUCCUCCCCGCCCCCUGGCGCCCCGCUUGGCUGCCGCCGCCCCCCGGAGGAGCCCCCAGGGCACCAUGCAGGCGCUGCAGCUGCAGUACGAGUUCUUCAGCGAGGAGAACGCGCCCAAGUGGAGGGGGCUGCUGGUGACGGCCCUGAAAAAGGUGCAGAUGCAAGUCCAUCCUACACUUGCAUCAAAUGAGGAUGCUCUCCAAUAUGUUGAAGAGUUAAUUCUACAGCUGUUAAGUAUGCUGUGCCAAGCUCAACCCCGAAGCGUUUUAGAUGUUGAGGAUCGUGUACAAAAAAGUUUUCCUCAUCCAAUUGAUAAGUGGGCAAUAGCUGAUGCUCAAUCUGCUAAUGAAAAGAGGAAGCGAAGAAAUCCAUUAUCUCUCCCAGUAGAAAAAAUUCACCCCUUAUUAAAGGAAGUUCUAGGGUAUAAAAUUGACCACCAAGUUUCUGUUUACAUAGUAGCAGUAUUAGAAUACAUUUCUGCAGAUAUUUUAAAGCUGGUUGGAAAUUACGUACGGAAUAUACGACAUUAUGAAAUUACAAAACAGGACAUUAAAGUAGCAAUGUGUGCCGAUAAGGUAUUGAUGGAUAUGUUCCAUCAAGAUGUAGAAGAUAUAAAUAUAUUAUCUUUAACUGAUGAAGAACCUUCCACUUCAGGAGAACAAACAUAUUAUGACCUGGUAAAGGCAUUUAUGGCUGAAGUUCGACAAUAUAUAAGGGAACUUAAUCUUAUUAUUAAAGUUUUUAGAGAGCCAUUUGUCUCCAAUUCAAAAUUGUUUUCUUCCCACGAUGUAGAAAAUAUAUUUAGUCGUAUAGCAGAUAUUCAUGAACUCAGUGUUAAAUUAUUGGGCCACAUAGAAGACACUGUAGAAAUGACAGACGAAGGCAGUCCCCAUCCAUUAGUUGGUAGCUGCUUUGAAGACUUAGCAGAGGAAUUGGCAUUUGAUCCAUAUGAAUCGUAUGCUCAAGAUAUUUUACGACCUGGUUUUCAUGACCACUUUCUUAGUCAAUUAUCCAAGCCGGGGGCAGCCCUCUAUUUGCAGUCAAUAGGUGAAGGUUUCAAAGAAGCUGUUCAGUAUGUUUUACCCAGGUUACUUCUAGCACCUGUGUACCAUUGUCUACAUUACUUUGAACUUUUAAAGCAAUUAGAAGAAAAGAGUGAAGACCAGGAAGACAAAGAAUGUUUGAAACAGGCAAUCACUGCUUUGCUUAACCUUCAGAGCAGUAUGGAAAGAAUAUGUUCCAAGAGUCUUGCAAAACGGAGACUGAGUGAAUCUGCAUGUCGAUUUUAUAGCCAACAGAUGAAGGGGAAACAACUAGCAAUAAAGAAAAUGAACGAAAUUCAGAAGAACAUUGAUGGUUGGGAGGGAAAAGACAUUGGACAGUGUUGCAAUGAGUUUAUCAUGGAAGGAACCCUUACUCGUGUAGGUGCCAAACAUGAGAGACAUAUCUUUCUCUUUGAUGGCUUAAUGAUUUGCUGUAAAUCAAAUCAUGGUCAGCCAAGACUUCCUGGUGCUAGCAAUGCUGAGUAUCGUCUCAAAGAGAAGUUUUUUAUGCGCAAGGUACAAAUCAAUGAUAAAGAUGACACUAAUGAAUACAAGCAUGCCUUUGAAAUAAUUUUAAAAGAUGAAAGUGUUAUAUUUUCUGCCAAGUCUGCUGAGGAGAAAAACAACUGGAUGGCAGCAUUGAUAUCCUUACAAUACCGCAGUACUCUAGAAAGGAUGCUGGAUGUAACAAUGUUACAAGAAGAAAAGGAGGAGCAGAUGAGGCUUCCAAGUUCUGAUCUUUAUAGAUUUGCAGAACCAGACUCUGAAGAAAAUAUUGUAUUUGAAGAAAACAUGCAACCCAAAUCUGGAAUUCCAAUCAUCAAAGCAGGAACUGUUAUUAAACUUAUAGAGCGACUCACCUACCAUAUGUAUGCUGAUCCCAAUUUCGUUCGGACAUUUCUUACAACUUAUAGAUCUUUCUGCAAGCCUCAAGAGCUACUGAGUCUUCUGAUAGAGAGGUUUGAAAUUCCAGAACCUGAGCCAACAGAGGCUGAUAGAAUUGCUAUGGAGAAUGGAGAUCAACCCCUUAGUGUAGAACUAAAACGAUUUAGAAAAGAAUACAUACAGCCUGUUCAACUCCGAGUGCUAAAUGUAUGUCGACAUUGGGUAGAACACCACUUCUAUGAUUUUGAAAGAGAUACAGAUCUUUUGCAACGAUUAGAAGAAUUUAUUGGAACAGUAAGGGGCAAAGCAAUGAAGAAAUGGGUUGAAUCUAUCACUAAAAUCAUCCAACGGAAAAAAAUGGCAAGAGAUAAUGGGCCAGGACAUAAUAUAACAUUUGAAAGUUCACCUCCUGCAGUUGAGUGGCAUAUAAGCAGACCUGGACACACAGAGACUUUUGACCUGCUCACCUUGCACCCAAUAGAAAUUGCUCGACAGCUCACUUUACUUGAAUCAGAUCUCUACCGAGCUGUACAGCCAUCAGAAUUAGUUGGAAGCGUAUGGACAAAAGAAGACAAAGAAAUUAAUUCUCCUAACCUUUUGAAAAUGAUCCGCCACACAACUAAUCUAACUUUGUGGUUUGAAAAGUGUAUCGUGGAAGCAGAAAACCUAGAAGAAAGAGUAGCAGUGGUGAGUCGAAUAAUUGAGAUUCUUCAAGUCUUUCAAGAACUGAACAACUUUAAUGGUGUACUUGAAGUUGUCAGUGCCAUGAACUCAUCACCUGUUUAUAGACUGGACCACACAUUUGAGCAAAUUCCAAGUCGCCAAAAGAAAAUUUUAGAGGAAGCUCAUGAACUAAGUGAAGAUCAUUAUAAAAAAUAUUUGGCAAAACUCAGGUCUAUUAAUCCACCAUGUGUGCCUUUCUUUGGGAUUUAUUUGACAAAUAUCUUGAAAACAGAAGAAGGCAAUCCUGAAGUGUUGAAAAGACAUGGAAAAGAACUUAUAAAUUUUAGCAAAAGAAGAAAAGUUGCAGAAAUAACAGGAGAAAUACAGCAGUACCAAAAUCAACCAUACUGUUUGCGAGUAGAAUCUGAUAUCAAAAGAUUCUUUGAGAAUUUGAAUCCAAUGGGAAAUAGCAUGGAAAAAGAAUUUACAGAUUAUCUGUUCAACAAGUCACUGGAAAUUGAACCAAGAAACCCUAAGCCUCUACCAAGAUUUCCAAAAAAAUAUAAUUAUCCCCUCAAGUCUCCUGGUGUUCGUCCAUCAAACCCAAGACCAGGUACCAUGAGACAUCCUACACCACUGCAACAGGAGCCAAGGAAGAUUAGUUACAGUCGGAUCCCUGAAAGUGAAACAGAGAGUACAGCAUCUGCACCUAACUCUCCACGGACACCAUUAACACCUCCCCCUGCCUCUGGUGCUUCCAGUACCACCGACGUGUGCAGUGUGUUUGAUUCUGAUCAUUCAAGCCCUUUUCACUCAAGCAGCGAUACCAUCUUUAUCCAAGUUACACUGCCCCAUGGCCCAAGAUCUGCUUCAGUAUCGUCAAUAAGUUUAACCAAGAGCACUGAUGAAAUGACCAUCCCCCCACCUGUGCCCCCCAGAAGACGACCAGAAUCAGCCCCAGCAGAAUCUUCUCCCUCCAAGAUCAUGUCCAAACAUUUGGAUAGCCCUCCAGCAAUUCCUCCUCGGCAGCCCACAUCAAAAGUGUAUUCGCCACGUUACUCAGACCGGACCUCGAUAUCAGACCCCCCGGAAAGCCCUCCCCUUUUACCACCAAGAGAACCCGUGAGGACCCCUGAUGUUUUCUCCAGCUCUCCACUACAUCUCCAGCCACCCCCUUUGGGCAAAAAAAGCGAACAUGGCAAUACUUUCUUCCCAAACAGCCCCUCCCCUUUUACGCCCCCCCCUCCUCAGACACCUUCUCCUCAUGGCACCAGGAGACAUCUGCCAUCGCCACCAUUGACACAGCAGGAUGUGGACCUUCAUUCCAUCCCUGGGCCACCUGUUCCUCCACGACAAAGCACUUCUCAACACAUCCCCAAACUUCCUCCAAAAACUUACAAAAGGGAGCACACGCACCCCUCCAUGCAUCGAGAUGGACCACCUUUAUUGGAGAAUGCCCAUUCCUCCUGAGUUCUCUUGUGCUGGGAUAAACAUUUUCCUGGCUCAAAGUCCAUUGCUGGCAAUGGAUGCACUGAAACUGCCAGCACUGAGGAGUUAAAACAUGUACUCCAAACACUAAAUACUCUACUUUAAAAUGCAGUAGACAGUGAACCUCGAGCCUGAGAAGUAGUCUAAGGAGAAUUGGAUAUUCCUGUUUGGAAUGCAGAAAAACUGAUGUGGAGUAAUUGGACAACCAAUUGCCCCUAGAAAUGGGAUAAAGGGACUUUUCUAGCCCUUAGACAGGAGUCGUGUUUGUGUCUUGGUCUUUAUCAACAAAGGGAUAGAAAGUGUAGUCUGGUGUCCAGCAGGCCCAUAUGGUAACAGUUUUUGUAACUCAAACAUUAUGCACUUUUUUUAAAAAUCUUAAACAGGGAUCUUUUUACCCUUCUUCAUUUCCCUUUGCUUUAUUCUCCCUACUUUAGAAUACCUUCUUGACAACUAUUAAGAGGACUGUGAGGAAGAUCUUUGGUACCUAACCUUGUUUAGAACCAAGCCAGAGCACUGUACUGCGGUCCUGUUUACAGAUUCUAGGGGAGAGUCAGUAACUAAGGUGAAUUUCUGUUUUCCACUCCUCCGUGAUCCUUUAUGAACUUGUUGCUGCCUAUCGGAACAUAGAGUACUCGUGGUGUUCGUAUAUAAUGCUCUGGUAGUCUUCUCGCCGGCCAUCCCCAGAGUAGCCACACACACACACACCCCCCCCAAGAUGCAUGUCUACCCCAGUCCCAUUGCUGUGAUUGAUUAGCGCCAAGUCAAAUGUAUUGUUGACCAGAUGGGCACAGUUCUGUCCAUUUUUAAAAGCAUAUAAUUAAUGAAAACUUUCCCAAACUCUUGGAGUCUUUUGUUACGUCCCCACAAGCAGAAAAGCAAAAAAGAGCAGGUAAUGGAAGCAGCCAGAUUCUCCUCUGGCAAGAGUUUCAAGCCUAAAUGUUUCCUGAAGAAAUGGAGAACAGAAUACCAGGGCAGGUGCUUCCUCCCGUGAACUUCAUGGUGCUGGUUCUCUAACAAGAAUUUUUCCACAACAAGAUGAUAACUAGCCCAUGUGUUGCCAAAGCAACAUUAGAAUGCAGCUAAGAAUUGAAACGGAGCCACAUCUGCCCCACAGUCCUGAUUUUGUACCUUCUGAUUUUUGUUUUUCACUUUGGGGGUCAUUUAAACAUGCAGUAAUGGGGGGAGGAGGUACAAAUUCAGCAAUGAUCUAGAUCGGUGGUUCUCAACCUUUCUAAUGCCGUGACUCCGCACUACAGUUCCUCAUGUUGCAGUGAUCCCAAACCAAACAAUUAUUUUGGUGGCUACUUCAAAACUGUAAUUUUGCUACAGUUAUAAUUUGGAAUGUAAAUACCUGAAAUGCAUUAUGUAUUCUCAUUGCUACAAAUGGAGAGGUUGAGAACCGCUGCUCUAGAUGGUCAGAAUGAAGUUCAUAGUUGGCUAUACUUACCAAAAACUUUUUCUGGUAGAGUAAAAAAAUUUGGCAGUCACUGGAAUAAAUACAUCAUUUACACUGCAAAAAUGUUGAUGUUUUGAUGCUAUAUUUAAAUUCACCAUGUUUAUUGACUCUCCCUCAUACAGUGAUUAGCAAGGGUACCUGGGCUUCACCAAAGAGGUACUUUUUUUCUCUUUUAAAGAUUUAUUAUAGUGCCAGUCCACAAAGGAUUUUGUUAUUGUUGUUGUUAUUUUAUUUUGGUUUGGGUUUUUGUUGUUGUUGUUUGGCUGUUUGUUUGUUUUGUUUUAUUUUGCCAGAAAGCAUAAAUAGGGUAUUAAUUGCCUUCUUCAUUCAAGGAACAGUGAACGUCUUGUGUCAUUAAAUGACAGUGGAAAUGAAAAAAUAAUGCUAUUGUCAAUUAAAUAUACUACUCACUUUUAGGAGACUGUUAAUCUAUGCUAGUUUGUCACCUCUCUCCCCGCCCCCCAUCCCCACCCCCAAGGUUUACUGAUAAUCCAUUUCAUGGCUCCUUGCUGUACUGCUGUUAAUCAAGCCGUGGAAAUGCAGGCACUCAAUGUGAAAAGGGACACUUGCUGGGCAUCAUUGACAAGUGUCACGUUGAGUAAUCAGCAUAUCAAGAUUACCUUGCAGUUGCUUAAAUUGUGUGUAUAUAGUGAAUGUUACAUAAAUAUACUUGGCAGGUUCAUUUUAAUUUAAUUGAAAUAAAGAUGCGGAUAUUUCA